AGCUUGUAACGACUGGGCAGAUCGAGGACAUCAAGGGACAUUAGCCUGAUACUCUACCCAAGUCUUCUUAACUUCUUUCUUUCACUUCCUUCUAAAUUCUCCCUCCAACUGUCUCAAACUGAAACUGCAACUAACUACCGAUAUUUGCGUUGCUAGGAGAAUCCUAGUUGGCACACCCUAUCCACGCGCUUAGAAUAACCUCUCUCUCUCUCUCUCUCUCUAGCGCCUUGCCAAUAUCUCACUGUAAUAAGUGCGUAAACUGUACGCUCUCUCUCUCUCUCUCUCUAAAACCUAUUUUCUCUCUCUAUAAUGUCUUCAAGCCUCGGAAAACUUCCUGGCCUUUUGGCGAAAGAAGAGCCAGAUGAAUCUUUGCCCCCGGAGCCGGCGCCGGAGCCCGUGAGUGGUGGUACCCUCACCAUCGAAGAUCUUACCAAUACACAAUUAGCUUCGCCUGAAAGUUCGAAUACCGCGUCGAAGAAAUUGAAGUUGGAUUCCCCCGCGCCAAAAAACGAAGAAUCGAAACAAGAGUCCCCGGCUGGAACUGAUCACGAGCUCUUGGACGUAGAAGCUCAGCUUGCGGAGUUUCUUCUCACUAUUCGAUGGAAUACCGGUUCAAUCCUUGAGGCUCUGUUGCUGUCAGAAACUGCCCUUGCUAGAAAGGAACCAGCACCGUCUGAGAAGGGCUCCUAUUCGGAGAAAGAAAACCCAAGUCCGGCUAUUUCAAUGCUGGAAAAUGAGAAUGUGCUCGUUUACGAGCAUGCGGCCGACAUUUUGUGGGCAGUCCGGGAACCGAACGGUGCUGGGGAUAUUAUGAUGGAAGAGGCCGUUGGGGACGCUGACGACUACGGAUCCAAUGAGAAAACACGUGAUUCUAAGGAGGAAGAAGACGCUCCAGAUCACAACGGGGCCAACGAGAAAAAAUUCGAUCGAUUCUUCGGUAAAUGGAGAUCAAGCUUCAGACUACGGAUCCAAUGAGGGUUUGAACAGUAAUCAGCCUAAAACUUCUUAACUCUGUUGUAGAGGAUGGAGGAAGAUCCACGAGUAUUCUGAUAGCUAGACACUCACUUUCUUUCAAAGUAAAUAAAAAUGCUGUAAGUUGAAGUUUAGUACGUACUCAUGUGAAUUGUUUGUUCUGGUUUUGGGAACUUGACUUCUUUGUGCAUUUUAUGGAAAUAAGAAUUCUCAAAAUACCAUGCUCUCUCUUAGAUCUUUUAAGUGAAAAUUAUCGAAAAAUCUGGCUUACAUCCGAUUAUAUAUAUAUUUUUUUACGAGACUUGAAUGAGAUUUCCUCUUUUAUUUAUGAAAAAUAAUACGCAUACAAUA